AUGGUCGACGAUCGCCCGGCCGAGUUGCGAGCUGCGACACCUCGCCGUCGCGGACGCGUGGAUCGACACGUUCGAUGGGGCCAUGUAAUUCGACGCAUUCGAGUUGGGCUGGGCGAGCUUGGAGGCGUCGGCGAGGGGGCAUCGACGGCGUGGUGUUGCGCCCAGACUGUGGCGUACUUAUGUCGGUUUUUUUGGAGAUGGGUCACCUUCUCGAGGAUCGUCAAGAGGAAAUUGACAGGGGACCUCUGUGGCGUGCCAUACAACAUGACGCUGCUCAACUGCCUCCUAUCGGCAUGUUUGCACGACUUCAUGUAUUACUGCAAGAAAGUAGCAGCAACUACCUUCAUGUUUACAAGAUCACUCCCCUAGGUGGUCUACACUUUGAAGACCCAAUUGGUUUUGUAUAUCUGUGAUGACCCACAAGUAUAGGG